AUGCCUAUCACUGCUCAAGCGACUUCCAAGCUGCGCAGCAUAAUCGACGAUGCAUGCGCCGACCAAAAAACUGGUAUUCCCGGUACCACGGUCGUACUGGUCGACAAAUCCGGUGAGAUAUUCGCUCAUUCAGCGGGUACGCGCGGUGUCGGGACCAAUGAGCCCAUGACGCUCGAUAACAUUUUCUGGAUCGCCUCAUGCACCAAGAUGCUUGCUGGCGUUGCGUGCAUGCAGCUCGUGGAGCAGGGAAAGCUUAAACUCGAUGAUGGUGAACAUCUUGAGAGUCUUGUUCCUGAGCUCAAGAGUCUCAAGGUGUUGAAGCCUGAUGGGAGCUUUGAGGACAAGAAGAAUCUCAUUACACUUCGCAUGCUGCUGACGCAUACUGCUGGCUUUGGAUAUACGUUUUUUAAUGAGCGCUUGAGGGAUUGGAGUCAUCCUGCGGGUAUUGAUGAGUUUUCUGGUCGUAUUGAGGAUAUCGUCAAGCUUCCUCUUCUGUUCCAGCCCGGCGAAGGCUGGGAAUACGGUGUCGGAAUUGACUGGGCUGGCAUCGCGCUUGAACGAGCCAGCGGUCUGCGUCUCAAUGAUUUUCUCCAGAAGAACGUCUUUGCACCUCUAGGCAUCAAAAACAUGUCCAUGCUGCCCGGUAAAGAGAUGCGCGCGAAAUUAGCUCACAUGCAUCAGCGCGACGCAGACGGUACACUGCGAACGCGCGAUCAUCUCCAGCGUCUUCCUCUCGUGACUGACAACGCGAGCGAAAUCGCUUCAAUUUUCCAUAGCGGCGGCGCGGGAAUGUUUGCGCAGCCCCAAGAGUACGGAAAGGUUCUCACUGUUCUGCUCAACGGUGGAACAUGUCCCAAGACAGGCGCCCAGAUCCUCAAGAAGGAAACGGUAGACCUCAUGCUAAGCAACAGUAUCGAGAAAUUCCCAAACUUCAGCCGUCAGCCCAUCCCAGCUGCCAAACCAGAUCUGACCAACCCUAUCGGCGAGCUAUACCCCGUCGACGGAAAUCCACCCCAGGGCUGGGGACUGACAUUCAUGCUCACCAAUGGAGGCUUCUCAGGGCGGUCGAAGAGCACGGUUCAGUGGGCUGGAUUGGCUAAUCUCUGGUGGUGGGCUGAUCGCGAGCACGGCAUUGGAGGGAUGGUGUGCACGCAGAUUCUGCCUUUUGCUGAUGCCAAGGUCCUGGGUCUCUGGGCCGCUGUUGAGACUGAGAUUUACAAGGCUGUUCUGUAG